CAUUGACCAUACCGCGACUUGUACCUGUCCUCCUCCUCCUCAGAGCCCUCUUCAGCGUCAUCGGAUCUGGCCUCGCGAUUGCUCUGAUAGGAGGCGAGCGGCCAGUCGCGCUCUAUACCCCCUCCUUCCCUUCCCUCCCUCUGAAGAUGGCCGAUACGAGCAGCGAUGGCACUCUAACAGCCAGAGGCGGCAGCCAUCCUCUGCGGCCCUCUUCCCCGUCUAGCCGAUACCAGCUUCCGGCAUCUACUCAGUAUACCCAAACGCAACACGAUGCCUCGAGGCACAUACCUACGUUACACACGCCUACUUCCUCGUCCUCUUCUCCAACCCCUUCGGCCGCACCUGAGACUCGCUCUCAUCCAGAAGCAGCGGAAAUGCCACGGCAGCCCACAUCGUCUGCCUCUUCGCUCACAAGUAAUUAUUCCCAAUCCAGCUACUUGCAAUAUCAACCUCGCAGCCCUACUUCCCCUCAGUCAACGCCGAUGCCAUCGGAUGCCUUCUACUACAGCACAAGCCGAAGGUCAAGCGUAUCCCCGGCCGCCUCUCGUAGACCUAGCGCUAGAGAUCUCCACGCACGCUCUGCCUCGCAGACCGAAGAACCAAGUGGUAGCAGACGCCAUGCAGGCUCUGCCGCGCCCCUUCAUCUCGCUGACGCUGCCAGUGGAUUCUUUGAACCUCACUACUACCCAGCCGGGCAGUCAGGAGCACCAAUGGCAUCCAGCUCUGCCGCUUCCCCGUCUCCUCUCAUGAGACGCCGGCCGUCGCUGACAACACCACGUACCCAUGCCCUUGAGUUGAUCAACGCAUCAACGUCGUCAAGAACGCGCUCAGCAACCAGACUCUCCGACCGCAACUUCCAAGGGCGGGAUGUCGAAAUUCCCGAUCGGGACCCAAGCUCCUCGAAUACAGUGCCCAGAGGCGAGGUGCCAGUCUCGCCAUCUGUAGCUCCUGCAGCUCUCAACUCACCCGUAAGUAGCCGGCUCGGGUACGGUAUACCAGAAGAAUUGCAAUCGCCGACAAAGAAGAAGAGCAACAGCCUCAUGGCAUUGCCUGAGGUGCCUCGCCGCAACAGUAGCGUGUCACACAAAGGGCCCUCACACGAGCGACCGAUGGAUAGCAGUAAUGCUCCUCCAAUCACCUCCCCUCUACGGAGUCCUCUGCCCCUGACGAAUCGUACACCUCUACCACAGCCUCCGAUGUCUGUACCACGAUCUUCCUCGGACUCUUCAGAUUACGGAUCAGACGCCGACCUUACGGAGAACCUUGAUAUAGGCGGCGACGCCGAACAUGUUGCCUCGCAAGAGCAAUCCUCCAGUCUAGAAGACAGAGGCCUAUCGCAAGCCCUUCAGCUAGGACUCGGCCCUCCAACUCUCCAGAGACCGCAGAGACACGAAGCGGGCAGUGUUAGCGGUGUCAAAUCUUCUGCAGCCGCAGCCGACCAUGGUGCUGAGAUGUCCACGGCUGAUGAUCCCAGGAGUCUCGUAUUAGACAGCGCCCGAUCGGCUCCGACAGAAGUGUCUCCUGAUCGCGACGUUCCGGACCGUGGUCCAGCUCCUGUGCCAGAAGAGACCGCUCAGGAAGAACCCGUCCUCACAGGCCCUCCGUUACCGAUGCCGAUAAAAUACGUCGAAGGUACGGCCCUUUCCUCCGAAACGGAAUCUAGCGACGCCAGUCAUUACAGUUCCUCGCCAAUGCCUGCUACAGGCGAGUCAAUAACCGAGAGCGAGGCAGCUUUGGAAGCAGCUUUGCUCAAGGCUGCUGAAGCCGAGGAUCCGAACCGACCACGAACGCUAAAGGAGGCGCGAGAGCUGGCAAAGGCUCGCGCAAAGGCGCGCCAGAUGUCGGAAGCCGGUGAGAUGCGGCAACGAUCUACGGACACCAAGCAUACCAUCGCUACCUCCGUAUCCCGCAUCUCAGAGCAGGAUCAGGCCAGGGUGACUCCCACCUCUAUCACUGGCAGUAAUCUCCACACACAGAGCGGUGAUGAUGCGGAUGAAGCACAGGCUGCUCCAAGUACAUCUGCGGACUUCCCCGCUGCAGAUGCCCGCACUCCUGAUGCUUUGGCCGACCAGAUCCGGACUAUGGACGAUCUCCAGGCAGCGGUGGGCGAUGUCUUGCAAAGCAUGAGCUUCGGCAGCGACCCACCUGACGCAGCUCAGCCUAUGGUUGGCGGUAGGCAGCAUGAAAGCGUAGCCUCCGAAUUAUUACCUCUGAAAAUGAGCUCCAGAAGUGGCCAUCCCUCUAGGGAAGCGAUGCCCAGCGGUGUGGGCAAUGAGGAUGACGAAGCUGCGCCACGCUCCAGCAUCGGAUCUUCCAUUUCUUCGCCACAUGGAUAUGUCACUCCCGCUCAACAGAUGAUGGAGCUGCCGACUUUCGACUCUGUUGGAACUAUCCAAGCUGCAGCAGACUCGAACGAUCAAGCCGUCCUCUCAGAGGAAAAACAAGAGCCGAAAGAAGUACUUCGUACGCCUUCGACCCCUUCGGUCAAGCGUCAUCCGUCCGACCAGGAAGACGUCGCUUCGACCAGUGGUUUCGCGACUCCCAUGAUGCCCUCAUCUCAACCUGCUCCGAAUGAGUUGCGACAGAAAGCAAGUAGCUAUUUUCCCGCCGCCUCUCCUGCUUCUGCUUCAAACAAUGCCUCGUAUCCCCUUGCGCCUCUUGUGCAAAAGCGAUCCUCAAGCCAGCAGAUCAAUGCUACAACCAAAUUGGGCAUUCCAGGUCGAACGAUUCCGAUGCCCGCCGCAUUCAACGCUGCCGCUAUCUACUCCGACAGGAGGAAAUUGCCGCCUUGGGAGCGGGCCAGAGGCUAUGCGCAAUGCGUCAACGACCUGUCGAACAUGUCCAGUGGCCUGACUCUCUGGAUGGAAGCCGCCCAAAGGCGGCCUGUAGUGUCUGGCCCAGCUAUGAAGAGAGCUACUGAGCUGACUGGUACCCAAGGUGGUCAGGUGGGACUGUUCGCACGGUAUCCUAGCGAGCUUGGUGCCAACGGUCCCCACCCACGAGAUGCCUCAGGUGCCAGUGCUCGAUCCGACAUGACGUUCCCUAUGCGCGGAGACGGAGGCAAGGCGAGAGACGUGACAGACAUGCCCCUUGAUCGUACCCCUGCUGAUGCUAUGCCAGGAGCCGUGCCUUCUAAUAUACCCUAUCCAGCUCUGGCCCGCAAUCAGCCCCUCAUGCAAGAUGCAACGUCUCAAGACUCGAACAGCGCUGCGUCUGCCAAAACCAUUUGGUCUCAGCCAUCAUAUGUUGCGCCUCCGUCUGCAUAUACUAGCAGAGCGGACCUUCGACAGCAGACGUCUACAACUCCAUCAGACUACUCUUCCCACAGCAUCUCAUCAUCGGGAUCAUCAGGUCGGACAGGCUUCUUUGCGUUGGGCCGGCGCAAUUCGAAGCGCGGUCCUCAUCCUGGGCCGAUUGGUAUGCUGACAGCGAGUGGCUCUACAGCCUCUGUCACUGGUCCAAGAUUGCCUCGGACGGGCGGCGGUGGAACGACGGCGGCCUUGGGACGAGUGAUCGGGUACCCAGGCAGCUCAGCUGCGGACACCUCGCCAUUGAGCAUCAGUAGCCCCACUUCUGCUGCGCCCCGCAUGUUGGACAACGCCUUGCCGAUCUCGCCACCAAGCUCAACAUACACUGGCGCAUCUCAGGUGCCUAUGUAUCCAGGAAGUGCACAAGGCCGGACCACGGAGCCGGGCCCCAUGGGGCCUCGGACUCAAGCACUGCGAAGCGCUGUGAGCACGAGAAGCUUCAGCAACGGCAGCAUCAGCUCCCAAGCACAGCAACAGCCGACUUGGCAACAGGCUCCUCCUGCAUCCCAACGACGGUUGGAGCAAGUUGAGCCGGUAGAGUUCACAAGAGCGCUGCGUUCCCUGAGAGAUGUUCUGCCUGACGCCGACGAGGAAAUCCUCCGAGGCUACCUCCGCAGAGCGGGCGGGAGGGACGAAGUCAAAGCCAUCGGAGACUAUCUCAGUGACCAACGAGCCGGUCGUUUGAGGGCUUGAGCUCUAGAGAGGGCGGAACUGUUGUCAAACUUGUGGCUCACUAGAGCAUUGUAUUGCGCUGAUCUGAUUCUGCACUACUCGUUAUCUGCUGUUCGCUACGUUCGUUGUCUCUUUGUCACAGCAUCCAUUGUAAGGAAUCGCCUCUACGCAUUGUGCACUC